AUGACCCCGAAGGAUCGAUUGCACAAUCGUUACCUUGUUAAGUUUGUCGAUCACAAGUCGAACUACUGUCGUGUCUUCCUGGCGCCGACAAAGUACAAGGCAGCCAAGAAGUUUGAGCACUUCCUCGCGUUCUUUGAGCGCCAGUUCGACUGCCGGAUCCACGUGCUACGCACUGAUGGCGGCGGCGAAUACGCAAAUGUCGACCUCUUCUGCAAGCGAACGGGCUACGCGGCGUACAACCUCAACCGCAGCCCAACGAGCGGGAAUGCGAAGCGCGCGUCGCCGAUCGAGGUACCAAUUAAGCAAGUGCCGGAUCUGCGCGACAUCGUCGCCUUUGGCUCUAUCUGCUCGGUCUACCGUGACCCAGGCAAGAACUCGCUCGCGCAGCGCGCACAAGUCGGCGUGAUCAUUGGGCGGAGCGACAAGAUUAAGGGAUUUCGCGUCUUCCUCCAGAAGGAGAGCAAAGUCACAAUCACGCAGCAUGCGCGCAACGUCGAGACGCUCAGCGCAGAGCAAAACGGUCAGCUGCAGCGCGCGCUCGAGUAUGAAGAUCAAAUUGUGGAGCCAGCGGCAGCGGCAACAAGCAAAGAGUCGCCGGUUGCUGACGAUGCCGCAUCGCCGACGACACGCACCGGCAAGAAGAAAUCGAAGUCGUGGACACUCGCGGCUCACCGGAAGCGCGGCGCAACUAAACGCGCACAGGCGCCGGCUAUCAGGAGGAGCCAGCUGGCGACGACAGCGUGGUGGCUCAUGUGUAUGAGUGCGAUCCUAAGAACUACGGUGAAGCACUACGCAGCACUAAGCGUGAAGGCUAAGAAAAGUACAUGCGCGAAGAGCUCCAAGCUCUAG